ACACAUCAAACUUGGCAAAAUCAGGACGUGCUUCUGCGAGUAUGGGCGGGGGUAACCCAGCCACAAUAAAAUGAAACGCACACUGAUGUCGUGUCUUAAAGUGAAAUGGUUAAACUCAACAUGCUCCAUUACUCUUUUUGGAAAAAAGAAACGGUGAUAUUGUUUGUUGUACUUUCGUUGUCCGUCAUCUGCGUCAGAAUGUCAGAUGGAAAGGUUAUUGGCCAGGAUACAACAGUCAUAUAUGGAGAAAAUGCCACUUUGUUGUGUCAUCCGACUGAAACAGAUGAUGAUCUAACCCGUAUUAUAUGGAAGAAAAAGACACGAGAAAACCCUGAGGGAACCCCCUUCUUUGUCAUUCGCCCAGGGGGCAAAACUGAACUCAAGAGUGGAUUGAUAAACAGAGUACAAUUUAUUGGGAACUUUGCAGAGAAAAAUGGGUCUAUUCAGCUGCUCAGAAUGAGGCUUUUGGAUGAAGGGAUCUACACAUGUACCUUCAGCCUAUUCCCUAGUGGGCCAUUAGAGACUGACAUCAAUGUCAUCGUUUUUGCUCGUCCUGAGGUUAAUAUAAGAGGGGAGGCACCUGUUGCUGGAUAUUUGGAGGUAAAGUUGGCAUCGUGCUUUGCCUCUAAUGCAUGGCCUGAAGCAGAAGUGAUGUGGAGAUUAGGAGAUCUGGAAAACUCUCUGAGGACUGAAACCAAUCAUACAAUAAACCCAGAUGGGACCGUUACUGUUGUGUCCUACCUACUUGGUGUCCCAUUAAAACAUUUAAAUAAGAAGAACAUCCAGUGUGUGGUGAAACACAACACCCAAAAAGAUGAACUUGUGCUGGACUACACAAUAAACAUCCAUUAUCCUCCUGAGUCGGUGGUUAUCAUUCCUGACAGUCCAAAAAAUGCUAAAGAAUACAGGUGUGUAGUGGAUAGUAACCCAGAACCAACCAGCUACAUCUGGACAAGAGAAAGUACUCCCUAUUAUGAAGGCAACAAGCUUCCUGUGACUAAACUGUCCCCUGACAUUAAUGGCUUGUACAUUUGUAAUGCGUCAAACCAAUAUGGAAGUUCAUUAGGUUCCCUGUUUAUCAGUGUUCAUACUGAAUCCAUUGACGUCUUUUGGGGUCUGUUUGGUUUUGUCUGCUGUGCUGUUCUUGCUGUUGUUGUUGGAGUGAAAUUCAGAUACAAGCGGGAAUGGAUAGGAGUACCACAGCGUUCCAGUGAUGAGGGAGCACAGUUUCGCUUUCUGAACGAAACAGCGACACACACCGCAGCCUUGAGUGAGCAGAGGCUUGGAGGCCAAGAGAGAGCCGCGGUCUAGUGUGAGCUGCAGCCGACGUGAAUGAGCAGAGACAGGCGGCAUGAGAACAGUGCGGCAGGCAGAUUCUAUGAAGGGGCGUUCCUCGGGCAUGGUGGCAACCAGAUGUGACAACCGCUUCAUCCACGGAGAAAGCCGAUUUGGUCAUCCAAAGUGCAAUAUCCUUUCUGAUAUUGCUCCACUAUUUUUCACCGCAGCAUUGGGGGAAUUGGUGAUCCUCUGCCCAUCUUGACAUCUGAGAGACACUGACACUCUGAGAGGCUCUUUUUAUACCCAAUCAUGAUCCCAAUUGAAUAAGUUGCAAACUGGUCCUCCAGCUGUUCCUUAUGUACAUUUAACUUUUCCGGCCACUUAUUGCUAAAUUUGGAAUGUGUAGCUCUCAUGAAAUCCAAAAUGAGACAUAAUUUGGCAUGACAUUUAAAAAUGUCUCACUUUCAACAUUUGAUAUGUUAUCUAUACUCUAUUGUGAAUAAAAUAUAAGUUUAUGAGAUUUUUAAAUUA